UAAGGAAAAAAGAAAAACCAAAAAUCCAUAAAAUCCAGCAGUGAUGCCAGAGCCAGAGGAAGGUCAAGACAUUGUACAAGAAGCGGGAGUCUCUCCCGCGAUUUCAUCUCCCUAAGGUCUCAAAAUCUGUUCAGAGUCUUGAUUCUCUGUCCAAUUAUCGUUCAACUUGGAAUGGCAAUGGCAAUGGCGAAUGCGAAUUUUUCAUCGUUUUGCAUAUAUAUUGUUGUGCUAUGCUCGAUUUCUGUGAAUUUGGUUCUUAGCUCUGCGGCGAUGCCCGGCAAAUCCAAAUCCGCUUCUCCGGCGGUGCAUAUCGUUUUCAUGGAGAAGCCUCGCGGCGUGGAGCCUGAGGCCUAUCACAUCCAAACCCUAGCUUCGGUUCUCGGCAGUGAAAAGGCUGCUAAAGAGGCUCUUGUGUAUAGUUACAGCAAUGCUGCCAGUGGAUUCUCCGCUCGGCUUACUCCCGAUCAGGUCGCGAAGAUUUCCAAACAACCAGGAGUUUUAAAUGUUGUGAACAGCGAAGCUCAUGAGCUGCAUGGUGGAGGAGCUGAAGGGCUUGACUAGAAGAACAUCAAGUUCUUUCCCUGGAAAUAUUGGUGUGUCUGUUGCCUAACAAAAGUGAAUUCUGUCUAUAUUGUGCAUAAUACCGAAUACUCAAAGGAAAAUACUCGGCUCCUCACUAGUAAGGAGGAAC